AUGGGGUGUGCACACAGUUCACGAGAUAAAGAGGUGAGAAUUGUUAAGAGGAGUACAAUAUAUAAACCAAUUGUACUCCAGCCAGUCAACCAAAAUAUGCUUUAUAUUUCAAGAAGGUUUUCUACCGCUUUAAAAAGUAUUGAUGAAACAAAGACAAGAAUUUGGUACAUAUUAAGAUUAGUUUAAUUAUAACGGGUGCGCAUAUUUCAGCAUUUUUCCGUACUAGCCGGCUUCAGGCCCAAGGUAGCCCUAAGUCUGAUGUCACACACCAGCCCCUUUUAUUGUCGACGUCACCAGCCUCUCUGGGAGACUCACCUGAAAAUGCUUGGGCCUAGCUAUAUGGCACGAACUCUCUUACUUCUGAUAUGCUAGAGCACAGGGAAGUGCCCAAAGCCUAAUUUUGAACUACCUUGCUUUUAUAGAGACAUAUUGCUUUCCAGAAGUGCAAACCAACUCUGCGCUUUGGAUUUCGUCGUCUUGGGACGGGAUAAAAAGCCUGUCAUGGUUUCCUGGCCAGGCUAGGUCACCCAGACUUCUAAAAGAAUGGCAUCCACUACUUGGGGCUGAUAUCAGCUCACACAAAUUACCCUAGACCUAUUCACCAUUUGCCAUUUUUUAAAAGUAGGAUUGGUACAGAAGAUACCGAAAACAAACUAGUGUAUAGCUAA